GGGCGGACCGACGAAUACCAGAAGAAAUCAGUCUGGAGUCUGCCAAUAACAGUUCGAGUUGCGGUCAGCUUCAACGCUACAUUCUGGAGGCAGUACAGAACGAAGUCCCCAUUCCGAGUAAUCUCUCAUAAAUACAGAGAAGAAGAGAAGCUGUAUGCCUAUAAUAUAAUAGGCUGCGUCGUCGAUUAAUUAGGUUACAUGGACUCAAGAGAAAGCUAAUUAUUUUGGCGAAUGAAUAUAAUUGCAUAGCCUAAUUAACGGCUUGGAAACUCAGUCGGCUCUUCACUACAAAUCUGACCUAGGCUACCUGUGUAGAGGGGUCUGAUUCUACUCAUAUCCUGGAAUUGGUAUCGUCAAUAGUUUUCUCGUGUGCUAUUCAUUCGGGUUUAUAUUUGUUUGUAGCAAACGGCUCCCGAGUGCGACUGGAAUACGCGUCUGCACCGGGGAUUGAAUUGAUACAUCAUAACCGACCGGAAUUCAGAUUGUGAAUAAACAAAGCAUUGUCCAGGGUAACGUAACCUCACUCUACAAUCCAUCUGGGCAAAUUGAACGUGUAUUUCGGUAGCAGAGAGCGAUACUAAACCAGCAUAAUGCCUCUUGCACAUCUUGCGGAGCCCUGGCCCCAAAUGGAAUUAGUUACACUGGACUCAGAGAAUGGGCAAAGCGUCACUGAGGAUGGGGUCCCACCUGCUGGUCACAAGGACAGGUCCCAUAUUACCUGGGUAGAGAAGGACUUUGCCAAUAUUACUGCCAAGGACAAUGAUGUCAUCAAGGAGAUCAACAUCACCAAUGUGGUCAAGGAGGGCUCAGAGAAAGCCGACGCCCGCCAGUUUGAGCUGCUUAAAGUGCUGGGCCAGGGCUCCUUUGGCAAGGUGUUCUUGGUGCGGAAGGUGACGCCUCCCGACGACAACGAGCUGUAUGCUAUGAAGGUCCUGAGAAAAGCCACCCUCAAAGUGAGAGACCGGGUGAGGACCAAGAUGGAGAGAGAUAUCCUGGCAGAUGUCAACCACCCCUUCGUGGUCAAACUCCACUAUGCAUUUCAGACAGAAGGAAAGCUCUACCUGAUCCUGGACUUUCUGAGAGGAGGAGAUCUCUUUACCAGACUGUCUAAAGAGGUGAUGUUCACAGAGGAGGAUGUGAAGUUCUACCUCGCAGAGUUGGCUCUGGGCCUGGACCACCUGCAUAGCCUGGGCAUCAUCUACAGAGACCUCAAACCUGAGAACAUUCUACUGGAUGAAGAGGGCCAUAUAAAACUCACAGAUUUUGGCUUGUGUAAGGAGGCUGUUGACCAAGAGAAGAAGGCCUACUCCUUCUGUGGUACGGUGGAAUACAUGGCGCCAGAGGUGGUGAACAGGCAAGGCCACGUACAGAGCGCCGACUGGUGGUCGUUUGGGGUACUGAUGUUUGAGAUGCUGACCGGAUCGCUUCCGUUCCAAGGGAAGGACCGCAAAGAGACCAUGAACCUCAUCCUCAAGGCCAGAUUGGGAAUGCCCCAAUUCCUCAGUACAGAGGCCCAGAGUCUCCUCCGAGCUCUGUUCAAGAGGAACCCCAUCAACAGAAUGGGGUCUGGGACGGAUGGUGCAGAGGAGAUCAAACGCCACACGUUCUUCUCCACCAUCGACUGGAACAAACUGUUCCGGCGAGAGAUCCCACCCCCGUUCAAGCCAGCGGUGGCCCGACCAGACGACACCUUCUACUUCGACUCGGAGUUCACCUCCCGCACACCCAAAGACUCCCCAGGUGUUCCACCCAGUGCCGGAGCCCACCAGCUCUUCCGGGGCUUCAGCUUCGUCGCCCCGGCCAUGCUGGAUGAGGAGGGGGCCAAGGAGCCGGCCAAGCCCACACCACACCCAGUGGUCCAGCAACUCCAUGGAAAGAACGUGUUGUUCAGUGAUGGCUACAUGUUGAAGGAGGACAUCGGCAUGGGCUCUUUCUCCGUUUGCAAGCGCUGUAUCCACAAGGCCACCAACACCGAGUACGCCGCCAAGGUGAUUGACAAGACCAUGACAGACCCCUCAGAGGAGAUUGAGAUCCUGUUGAGAUACGGCCAGCACCCCAACAUCAUCACCCUGAAAGACGUGUAUGACAAUGGGAAGCAGGUGUAUCUGGUGACAGAGCUGAUGAGAGGUGGGGAGCUGCUGGACCGGAUCCUCAAACAGAAGAUCUUCUCUGAGCGAGAAGCCAGCUCCGUGCUCCACACCAUCACCAAGACUGUAGAAUACCUCCACGCACAGGGGGUUGUCCACAGGGAUCUAAAGCCCAGUAACAUCCUUUAUGUAGAUGAGUCGGGGAACUCUGAGUCUAUCCGGAUCUGUGACUUUGGUUUUGCCAAGCAGCUGAGAGCUGACAACGGCCUGCUCAUGACUCCAUGCUACACCGCUAACUUUGUAGCCCCGGAGGUGUUAAAGCGUCAGGGCUAUGACGAGGGCUGUGACAUAUGGAGUCUGGGAGUGUUGUUGUACACCAUGCUGGCUGGCUUCACGCCAUUUGCCAACGGGCCCGAGGACACUCCAGAUGAGAUCCUGAGCAGGAUAGGCAGCGGUCACUUCACCCUGACUGGAGGCAACUGGGAUGCCGUGUCGGAAGCAGCGAAGGACCUGGUGUCUAAGAUGCUUCAUGUGGACCCUCACCAGCGGCUGACCGCAAUGCAGGUCCUCAAGCACCCCUGGAUUGUCCAGAGGGACAAGCUAUCCAACAGCCAGCUGCAGCACCAGGAUGCCAAGCUAGUCAAGGGGGCGAUGGCUGCCACCUACUCUGCCUUGAAGAGCUCCCAGCCCACCCCGGAGCUCAAGCCCAUUGAGUCGUCCUUCCUGGCCCAGCGACGUGUCAAGAAGCUCCCCUCCACCUCUCUGUAGAUCCACCAGAGAGAGACCAUGAACACCCUCAAACUCGAGCUAGAACAUCAGCCAGUACAGGAACAAGUCACAGGACUGAAGAGACCGGUAGAUCCCCUCUAUCUAACCAGACAAGGACCACUGACUACUCUACUGCUGUCUCCUUCCCUGGCAGUGAUAUCAAUACUCUGCUGCAGUCUCCUACCCUGCCAACGAUAUAACUACUCUGCUGUAGUCCCUUCCCCUGCCAAUGAUAUCGCUACUCUGCUGUAGUCUCCUCCCCUACCAAAGAUAUCGCUACUCUGCUGUCGUCCCCUGCCAACGAUAUCGCUACUCUGCUGUCGUCCCCUGCCAACGAUAUCGCUACUCUGCUGUAGUCCCCUGCCAACGAUAUCGCUACUCUGCUGUAGUCCCCUGCCAACGAUAUCACUACUCUGCUGUAGUCCCCGGCCAACGAUAUCGCUACUCUGCUGUAGUCCCCGGCCAACGAUAUCGCUACUCUGCUGUAGUCCCCUGCCAACGAUAUCGCUACUCUGCUGUAGUCCCCUGCCAACGAUAUCGCUACUCUGCUGUAGUCCCCUGCCAACGAUAUCGCUACUCUGCUGUAGUCCCCUGCCAACGAUAUCGCUACUCUGCUGUAGUCCCCUGCCAACGAUAUCGCUACUCUGCUGUAGUCCCCUGCCAACGAUAUCGCUACUCUGCUGUAGUCCCCUGCCAACGAUAUCGCUACUCUGCUGUAGUCCCCUGCCAACGAUAUCGCUACUCUGCUGUAGUCCCCUGCCAACGAUAUCGCUACUCUGCUGUAGUCCCCUGCCAACGAUAUCGCUACUCUGCUGUAGUCCCCUGCCAACGAUAUCGCUACUCUGCUGUAGUCCCCUGCCAACGAUAUCACUACUCUGCUCUAGUCCCCUGCCAACGAUAUCACUACUCUGCUGUAGUCCCCUGCCAAUGAUAUCACUACUCUGCUGUAAUCCCCUGCCAACGAUAUCACUACUCUGCUCUAGUCCUCUGCCAACGAUAUCACUACUCUGCUGUAGUCCCCUGCCAGUGAUAUCACUACUCUGCUGUAGUCCCCUGUCAGUGAUAUCACUACUCUGCUGUAGUCCCCUGCCAACGAUAUCGCUACUCUGCUGUAGUCCCCUGCCAACGAUAUGGCUACUCUGCUGUAGUCCCCUGCCAACGAUAUGGCUACUCUGCUGUAGUCCCCUGCCCAGCCAACGAUAUGGCUACUCUGCUGUAGUCCCCUGCCAACGAUAUCGCUACUCUGCUGUAGUCCCCUGCCAACGAUAUCACUACUCUGCUGUAGUCCCCUGCCAGUGAUAUCACUACUCUGCUGUAGUCCCCUGCCCAGCCAACGAUAUGGCUACUCUGCUGUAGUCCCCUGCCAACGAUAUCGCUACUCUGCUCUAGUCCCCUGCCAACGAUAUCACUACUCUGCUGUAGUCCCCUGCCCAGCCAGUGAUAUCGCUACUCUGCUGUAGUCCCCUGCCAACGAUAUCGCUACUCUGCUCUAGUCCCCUGCCAACGAUAUCGCUACUCUGCUGUAGUCCCCUGCCAGUGAUAUCACUACUCUGCUCUAGUCCUCUGCCAACGAUAUCACUACUCUGCUGUAGUCCCCUGCCCUGCCAGUGAUAUCACUACUCUGCUGUAGUCCCCUGUCAGUGAUAUCACUACUCUGCUCUAGUCCCCUGCCAACGAUAUCGCUACUCUGCUGUAGUCCCCUGCCAACGAUAUGGCUACUCUGCUGUAGUCCCCUGCCAACGAUAUCACUACUCUGCUGUAGUCCCCUGCCAACGAUAUCACUACUCUGCUGUAGUCCCCUGCCAACGAUAUCGCUACUCUGCUGUAAUCCCCUGCCAACGAUAUCGCUACUCUGCUCUAGUCCCCUGCCAACGAUAUCGCUACUCUGCUGUAGUCCCCUGCCAACGAUAUCGCUACUCUGCUGUAGUCCCCUGCCAACGAUAUCGCUACUCUGCUGUAGUCCCCUGCCAACGAUAUCGCUACUCUGCUGUAGUCCCCUGCCAACGAUAUCGCUACUCUGCUGUAGUCCCCUGCCAACGAUAUCGCUACUCUGCUGUAGUUCCCUGCCCUGCCAGUGAUAUCACUACUCUGCUGUAGUCCCCUGCCCUGCCAGUGAUAUCACUACUCUGCUGUAGUCCCCUGCCAACGAUAUCACUACUCUGCUGUAGUCCCCUGCCAACGAUAUGGCUACUCUGCUGUAGGCCCCUGCCAACGAUAUGGCUACUCUGCUGUAGUCCCCUGACAGUGAUAUCACUACUCUGCUGUAGUCCCCUGACAGUGAUAUCACUACUCUGCUGUAGUCCCCUGACAGUGAUAUCACUACUCUGCUGUAGUCCCCUGACAGUGAUAUCACUACUCUGCUGUAGUCCCCUGACAGUGAUGUCACUACUCUGCUGUAGUCCCCUGACAGUGAUGUCACUACUCUGCUGUAGUCCCCUGACAGUGAUGUCACUACUCUGCUGUAGUCCCCUGACAGUGAUAUCACUACUCUGCUGUAGUCCCCUGACAGUGAUAUCACUACUCUGCUGUAAUCCCCUGACAGUGAUAUCAGUAGUUAAUCUUUCCUCUGGAUGGGCUUCUGGGCAUGGUCACUUGAUGUCAAUCAACCUGGACUAGCAACAAGACAUGGUUGGGGAUGAGGGGGCAGUGGGGUAGUGGCAGGUUAUGACAAAUUUAUUAGCAGUAUAUUUUGGAUAAAAGGUGUGUGUGCGUGAGUUUGAGACAACCUGCUACCACGGAGGACGUUGAUGAUCAUUGAGGAUGUUUCUGUUGUGUUUUUGUUCUGCUGUCGUUUUGAUUGGCUCUGCAUCUCCCCUCAGCAUCGCUGUGAUUGGCUGUCGCUAAAUUCUCUGCAUGUCUGUCUGUUUGGUGUGUCGUUCUCUCUCCAAUUGAUCAGCUUGCCAAAUCGAUUUGUGUGUUUUUGCUGUUUUACCAUUGAAAGCUGGAAGGGACAAUGGCACAAAACGAGAUCACAGUCCAUCACUAUCAUUUUCCUACAUUUUGAAUGAACAUUAAAAGAAAGAAAAAACAUUUAGCCAUAAAUGCCUCUCGUUUUUGAGACUAUACUGGAACUAGGAAUUCUGGGUAAUGUAGUCAAUGCUAAUGUUUUUUCCAGGCCGAAUGUCUCACUCUACUCUACUAUAGUGCGUAUAGUCCAGGGAAGGGUUCAGAAAGUUGUUUGCAUGGUCUGGUGCAGUGUGGCGUCAUGUUGCUUUGUCCUUAUCUUAUCUUUUCUUGGUGACAUUUCCGAUCCUGAGAAGAAGAAAAGAUUUGAGAUAUGGCCAAAUAUUUUUAUUGUAAAAAAAAAAUAAAAAAGAGAAAAUAAUAUCUGUAAUACCACUAACAAGGUGGAAUGUUGAAAUCUGUUUUUUCAUUGUGUUUUCUUCUUGGAUAUGCCUAUUUUGAAUGUCGUCUUUCUUGUAUUUGCUUUUGUUGUUGAAAGGCAUGUUGAACGCACACACACACAGUCUGUUGGAGCUUCCAUGACUCUUUCCCACAGCCCUCUGUGUUUCAAUGUCAAGUAUGGUGAGAGUGAUUGUCAAAACGAUUGUACUGAGCACUCAAAUGCACACUCUCCCUUAAAGAUAUUCUCCCGUACUUUUGUAUACUUUUUAACCAGUAGUUAAGUAGCGCCCACGAGCCAAAAAUGGUCCCGAAAAUUGCCGACCACGUCAUUUCUCUUGCUCUGCUGGGUUUGCUUCUUGCUAGUUGUCAGUCAAAUGUUGAGGGAUUGAAGCUCAUUGGUUGAAACUCAAAUAAUUAAUAGGGUGCUGGCCCACGUGCAGGUUAAUGUAGGGAACAUGGCGCUGCACAGCUUCCAGAAAACUGUCACUUUCAAACUCUGGGUUUCGUGGCUAAUUGAGGUAAGACUGUAAUUCUGCUCAUAGAUUAUGCAUGUAUGAGCAACACAUUGACACAUCCAGCCCAAAGCGGGAGAUUUAAAAAAUACUUACCAGUCGCCAAAGUACCCGGGCAUGUCUUUAAGGUCUCUAUAAAGUAUAUUGGUUUUACUUAGACAAUCCUUGACAGGAAUAUUUUUUGCUCUUCUGAUUUGAUUGGCCUGUCUGUUAGUCUUAAUCAGGACAUAAAGUAAAUGUCCACAGGUCCUUUCUGUCUCCUGUUUAGUUUGACAUUGUCUGAGUAGAAGUGCCGAUCUAGGAUCUGUCCAUAUCUUAUUCUAUACAGACACAACUAUCUAACAGACACAACUGCUGAUCCUGGAUCAGCACUCCUACUCUGAGACGCAUUGUGGAUACGGUCCGUGGACUCUAGUACAGUAUAGGUCACAACAAAGUCUUUCUUGACUAGAGGUUCCUAUGGGAUAGUACAUGUUUGCGUGGCUAUGUUUUUUUGGUAGCUUUUAAAUUCCUUAUUAAGGGCCGAAUUCCUAGACACAGUAUCUGCGUUGAACAUGCUUUUUAGUCUAGGACUUGUCCGGGAAACUGGCCCCUGCGCCUACAGCAGAAAGAUCCUGUAAGUUUAUGUAGGCUUGGAUCUUUAGUCUUAGAUAUGUGAUGCAUAUCUGUAGAAAGGUUGGGAUAACUCUUUCUAUGGGAAAUGCAUUAUUAAAAAGAAACAGAUCAAGAUGAAGGGAAAGUUUGACUAAAACAAGAAAUAACAGCUACCACCCACUGAGACUCUUCGUAGUAACAGUAACCCAUCUGCUAUAGUAGCACAGUGACAUUACUACAGUUGCAAAGUAUGAAAACCCCUUUCAUCUCAGAUCAAGUGGAAUACAUAGUUAUGUUUAUUUUGUUUUAAAUCAAGUUCUCUAUCGCUUUAUUUUUAUUUUUUAUUUAACCUUUAUUUAACUAGGCAAGUCAGUUAAGAACAUUCUUAUUUACAAUGACAGCCUACCGGGGAACAGUGGGUAAACUGCCUUGUUCAAGGGCAGAAUGAGCUACAAAGGUUGAGAUUAAAUGUUUAAUUUACUAUGAUGAUAUUUACCUCUUGUCUGUUCUAUGUUGUUGUACCUUUCCUUAUAAGGGUCCAUAAACACUUCUCGUGGCAAAAACACGAUUCACCAAUGAAUUGCAACCUAACUCAGACACGUUCCAUGAUUCUGCCAUCUCGAACCAAUGAAAUUCCAUCUUUGCUGCAAUAGUUUUUUUCUGCCACGACCAGUGUGUUUUGGACCCUGAAGUGGGAGCUUUCUUUGGUAUGGAACUAUUCUAUGUGUUUGUUCCUCUUGCUUUGUAUUCCCUUCCUUCCUGGUUUUCCAUAUGAGUCGGGAUGAGAUGGGGUUGUUCACUCAUCUGCCAUUACAGCAGUGGGUAUUCAGGCCUAUAGGGAGUUCUGAUAAGAUGGCUUUCUAUUAAAAUACUUUUCUCUGCGCUGA